AUGGAUAAGUAUACAAGAAUAAAAAUGAUUGGGAAGGGUAAUUUUGGUGAUGUUUGGCUGGUUGAAGACAAUAAAGGAUAGAAAUUUGCCCUCAAGUUAAUCGAUUUGUAAUUUUAGAGUGUUGAUCCAACAAAUGAAGUUACUUUGCUAAAGGUUCUGAAACAUCCAAAUAUCAUAAAAUACUAUAGUUCAUUUGUGUAGAAUGAUUAAUUAUGCAUUUUGAUGGAGUUUGCAGAAAAUUAUGAUCUUUAAAUAUAUACGAAAAGCAAUCCAUCAAACAUAUUAAAUUGGUUUACAUAAUUGUGUUAAGCAGUACAAUACUUACAUUCAAUGAAUAUUGUCCAUAAGGAUAUAAAAAUGAAAAAUGUGUUUUUGACUAAAGAUGGCAUAAUCAAAUUGGGAGACUUCAGUAUUUCUAAAAAGCUAGAUGCAUCAUUGAAUCUAACAUAAUUAGAUUCUUAAGGUACUCCAUACUAUUUGUCACCUGAGAUUUGUGAAUCUAAACCAUAUAAUACAAAGAGUGACAUUUGGGGAUUGGGAUGUCUCCUCUAUGAAUUAUGCACCAAAUAAAAACCAUUUCAAGGAGAGUCUCUACCAGAAGUCUUUAAGAAUAUCAUAACAAGUGAAACUCCAAAAUUACCUGAAGGAUUCCCAUAAUUUUAUCAGGAUAUAAUCAAUCAAUGUUUACAAAAGAAUCCUCAAGACAGACCAGAAAUCUCAUAACUAUUAGAAAUUCCAGAGAUAAAGAAGGAAAGACUUAAGUUUCAACAGUUAUAUAAAUAAAGAUUGAUAGGAAUGCUUAAAUAAAUAGAUAGUGCUUAAUCAGACUCAGUUUAAACUAAUAUCAAGUAGUUGCAUAAGCCAAUCUUUACUCCAUAAAAUAAAUCCCAAUCGUUAUUAUUUAAAAAUCUAUUCUCAGAAUAAAUUCAAUCCAACAUUAAGAAACCAAUGACUAAGAAAAUCAUUAAAAUUGAUACUGAUUUAAUAGAAAAGGAUGAUUAAUAAUAAUAACAGAAUGAAACUCCAACUUAAUUUGCCAAACAAUUAUUCAAUCCUAAAACCCCUACAUCUCCAAAUAGAAAUCUAUUAUUAGCAGAUUUUUUGAAGAAGAAACUUGGAGAGUAAAAGUUCUUGGAUGUUCGCUAGAUUCUUGAAGAGUCGUAGAACCCAAUUUAAUUGUUAGAUCAAAGGGAAAUCAUGGCGAAUUUGAUGGGUGAAGAGAAUUUAGAAUGUGUUAAAAUAUUUAAAAUACUCAUAAGUAAUUGUACCACUCUACCAGGCAAUCACUUUCGAUAGAUGAAUAAUUAUUAGUUUUUAAGAGAUAAAGUUAGUUCAUAGCCAGAUUUAGAUUAGAACAUCAAAACUAAUAAUUUUUGA